AUGCAUUAAAAUCAAUAAAAAAUUAUGUAAUAAGGAGGUCUGCAUAUACCUUAAAACUCAUCUAUUCCUCAGGGACACUAAAUAAAUCAUCCACCACUACCACUUGGGAUUCCCCCUCAUCCCCAUCAUCUUCACCAUCCUCCACCUCCAGGAAUUAUGCCGAUGUAAAUGCCUCCUCCUCCUCAUUAAGGAAUGAUAUAAGGUCAUCCUCAUAUGCCUCCUCCACCUCAUCACUUAUAGCAUAUGCAAUUCAUGGGAUAGAAUGGAUAAUUUUAGUAACAGCAACAGCAACUAAAUGUUUAAGGUAAGCAAAUGCUUCCAUCUUUACCAAAUAUGUAAAUGAUGCCACCUUUAUAGAAUUAAAAUUAGCAACCUGGUCCCCAAAUAAUACAAUAACAACAACAAUAAUAACCUCCUAUGUUUAAUCCUUAAUAUAUGAAUUAAUUUCAACCUUUAAAUAACUAAUAAGGUCAAAAUAUGCAUCAGAUAGGCCCUAAUAUUCCCCCGCAAAUGUAGAAUAAUAUGAAUUAAAUGAACCAAUAAUAUAACAUAAGAUAACCUUCACCAAAUAACUAAAAUCAAAUUCCUGUGUUUCCAAAUUAGAUUUAACCGUAAAUUCAUGGAUAAUAAUAUUAAGAUUUUUCUUAAUAGUAGUAAAUACUCUAAAACCCUUAACAGCUGAAUAAUGCAUACACAAAUAAUUUAGUAUUCAAUCCUUCUUAAUAGUAGCUUUAAUAGUAGCAUGAGAUGCAUAUACAGAAGUUAUAAAAAGAGGAACCUACCAAAAAGAGAUCAAGAUGGGGCGACUAAGUUUAAAUGAUAAAUAAUUUAACUCCUUAAUAAUUGAAUUAGUAGCAUUUUAUUAUGCCUGGAACUACCUAAUCAGGAGGAAAUUUAAAUUAGAGAAGAGUUGUUUUAAACAGUAAAAAUCCAGAAUUACUCUCUGGAUCAAUUAUGGUUGAAUUAGUAAAGUAAAACAAUAGAAAAAUAACAGAAGAAAGUGGGAGAUUUAAAAAAUAUUAGCCAAUAGACCCUUCAUCUCUACCUGAUUAUAUCUAUGUAGAAAACAAAGAUUAAAGUAGUUUAAAGUCUAAACUCAAUUAACUUCUGGAUUAUGCAGAUGACAUAAGAGAUUAAGAAAUUAAAAAUAUGGAAAAGAAGAAAAAGGAAAGAGAAAGAGAGUUAGAAUUAAAAAAAAUGGAAGAAUAAGGAUUAGAUACAUCUCAUCUAAGAAAUCCAGAAAAGAAGGCUUCUAAUAAAAGAAAUAUAGAUAAGGAAGUGGAGGAACUUUAUUGUGUUUAAAAAGGAGAUAUGAUGAGCGAAAUGGGAAUAAGAUCGGAUGGUAGGGUAGCAGGUCCUUAAGUCUAAGGAUUAGGAUUAGGUGGUCCUUAAUCUCUUGAUAAUGUAAUUAAAAAAUUCAAAAACGUUUUUUAUUAUUUGUUAUUUAAAAUAGGCAUUCAGUGCUUUUAGAAUUUCAAGAAGUAAGAACUACCAUGCAACUGCAGAAGAAAGAUCACAAUUUAGGGAUAAAGGAUCAGAUUUAUGUUAUAAAUGUAGUCGUCCUGGUCAUAUUGCAAGGGAAUGUAAAUAUGGAAUGAACUGAUGUUGUUGAUUGAAUUAGCACAUCGUUUUAAUAAAUAAAUAAAUAAAUUUAAAAAAAAUAAAAAUAAAUUUUCAAUUAACUAAUUAUUAUGA